GCUGAGCCGCAGGUCAGAGACCGAGCAGAUCUGGGAGUUUUCACAAAGCGAGGAAAAGUUUGCACAAGCGGACCUGCGUGAAGCUUCUGUCAGCAGCAGCUCUUGUUCAGCCUGCGGGUGUUUCCUGCGGGUGUCAGGCUGUACAAUCCUCGGCAGUGUUCUGAGACUGUACGGCCGCGAUCCCCUCCAGCCCGGCCAGCCACAGCCAGCCACAGUCAGCCACAGUCAGCCUGCUUCAAUGGACUAACCAGCAGCUUCAGUGACAUGAUCUGUCAGAACCUGUGCACGUCCAUAUAAAACCUGUUUCUUGUUCUCACUCUAAAGUUGGACUUAACUUAGACUGUCGGGGAAUUACUACUGAAGGGAAAGCAUGACGGCCGACAAGGAGAAAAAGAGGAGCAGCUCGGAGCGGCGUAAGGAGAAGUCUCGGGACGCAGCUCGCUGCAGGCGCAGCAAAGAGACAGAGGUUUUCUACGAGCUCGCUCACCAGCUGCCGAUCCCCCACAGCGUCAGCUCUCACCUGGACAAGGCCUCCAUCAUGAGGCUGGCCAUCAGCUUCCUGCGCACACGCAAAGUGCUCGGCCCAGGCUGCAGCAGCAGCAGCAGCAGCAGCAGCAGCAGCAGCAGCGCUGGGGACAGUGAUGAGGACGGACAGAUGGACAGUCUGUGUCUGAAAUCUCUGGAGGGCUUCAUCACCGUGGUAACGUCCGACGGCGACAUGAUAUUCCUGUCCGACAACAUCAACAAGUUCAUGGGGCUCACGCAGGUGGACCUCACUGGUCACAGCAUCUUUGACUUCACUCAUCCAUGUGAUCACGAGGAGAUCCGAGAAAACCUCAACCUGAAGACUUCUGGCAGCGGCUUCGGGAAAAAAGGCAAAGACUUGAGCACUGAGCGAGAUUUCUUCAUGAGGAUGAAAUGCACGGUGACCAACAGAGGACGCACCGUCAACCUCAAGUCAGCCAGCUGGAAGGUGCUGCAUUGCACCGGACACCUGAAGAUAUACAACAGCUGCCCUCCUCGGGUGCUGUGUGGCUUCAAAGAGCCUCCACUCACCUGCGCCGUCCUGAUGUGCGAACCCAUCGCACACCCGUCCAACAUCGACACACCGCUGGACAGCAAGACCUUCCUGAGCAGACACAGCAUGGACAUGAAGUUCACCUACUGUGACGAGAGGGUAGCAGAGUUGAUGGGUUACACUCCUGAUGAUCUGAUGGGUCGUUCAGUCUACGACUUUUACCACGCCCUGGACUCAGACGGCGUCACCAAAAGUCACCACAACUUGUGUUCCAAGGGUCAGGCAGUGAGCGGUCAGUAUCGUAUGCUGGCGAAGGACGGAGGCUACGUCUGGGUGGAGACACAGGGAACUGUUAUUUACAACAGCCGCAACUCCCAGCCGCAGUGCAUCGUGUGCAUCAACUAUGUCCUCAGUGACAUCGAGGAGAAGUCCAUGAUUUUAUCCCUGAAGCAGACAGAGUCCCUGUUCAAGCCGCGUCAAACCAGCAACUUCUUCACUGCUGGAGGCGCAGGCGUGACCGGAGAGCCGGGAGAAUCCCUGUUCACCAAACUGAAAGAGGAGCCGGAGGAGCCGGCCCAGCUGGCUCCGACACCUGGAGACACAAUCAUCACGCUGGACUUCGAUUGCCCUCAGUUUGAGGAGCCGCAGCAGCCUGCAGGAUACACCCAGGUGUCUGCCGCAGCUAUGCCCCCUCCGGGACCUCCGUCCUGGGCCAGCGAGAGCCACAAGUCUGCCCCUCCAGCAUCACUUCCGAGGGACAUGGCUAUCACGGCCGGCAAAUUCACCGUGCAGCAGAAUCGGCCGCCGGGCAGCGCCACUCCGAGCCUCAGCAGCUGCUCCACGCCCAGCAGCCCAGGUGAUUACUACAGCUCAGUGGAGAGUGACCUGAAGGUGGAGCUGACAGAGAAGCUGUUUGCUCUGGACACAGAGGGGAACAACAGUCCUGCAAACACUGAAAGAGACUUGAGUGACUUGGACCUGGAGACGUUGGCUCCUUACAUCCCGAUGGAUGGCGAGGACUUCCAGCUGAACCCCAUCGUCCCAGAGUCUGAAGCCCUGGAAGGGGGUCUAGCCGGGUCCAUGGGGAGCAACAGCAGCCUGGCCAAAAGCUCCAAGGCCUCCAAGCAGAGCUUCAGCAACAUCGCCAGCCUCUUCCAGCCCCUGUCCUCCCCUCCUCAGCCCCAAGGCUCCUACCAGCAGCAGGCGGCCGGCUCCAGCCAGGGGACCAUGGACUCCAGUGCAAGGUCUUACAUGAUGGAGCACAUGCAGAAUCCCUCCUGCAAUCUUCCAGCCAGCACCCCUCUGUCCUCCAUAGGUGGCAUGCAGAGUCUGCAGUGGCCCCCGGACCCUCUGUUAACCUACCAACAACAACGAGCCUCCAAGUCCUACCUGAUGGACACUGUGUCCGGAGAGGAGCGCCCGUCUUGCCAGCAGAACAUGUCACACCUGGUGCAGAAACAGAGGUCCAUUGACAAUUUUGUGCAAGCCUACAGAGACAUGAGUCCAGCAAGAAUGGCCAUGGCCAACAGCAUCAAGCGCUCCUUCACUCAGAUGGCUGCGGGGGAAAGUACGCCGUCAGAAGCCAUGUGGAAGAAGAUGAGGGGGGACAGCUGUGCCAGCAGUGCAGAGAUGGGGAGGAUGAUGCCAGGCAGCAUGUCUUCAUGCGUCAACUCUCUGCAGAAACACAGGAAGUCUCAGUAUCCAGGACACGGGACAGGUGCUGCAAAUGAGAAACCCUUUCCCCAAAAGAGCUGCAACUACACAACGUAUAACGUGCUCCCUUCCAACAAGACCGAGGGUAUCGCUAGUCGUUUGUUGGGCCAUUCGUAUGAGUCGUUCUGUCUGCCGGAGCUGACCCGCUACGACUGUGAGGUCAACGUCCCGCUGCAGGGCAGUCUGCACCUCCUCCAGGGCUGUGACCUGCUGAGAGCCCUGGACCAGGCCUCCUAGAGCCCCAGAUUAAAGAUCUGCCGUAGAACAGGACUUACUCCCAGCCCUAAGCCUCAACCUGCAGCCCUAAGCCUCAACCUGCAGCCCGAGACUUAAGCCUUUACCUUCGUACCUCUGGGCCCUCUGAGAGCCCUGAGGCUAAGCUACCUAUAGGGAACGGUAUUCAUAAUCACAUCCUGCCUUAUUAUACGGCUCAGCCCCACACUCUGUGCCAUGUCCCUUUUUAUAGUUCUGUACCAUCUAAAUGAGAGAUAUCAGGGUCGAGCCACUUACUCCUCUGUUUCCUCUCGACUAAAAUCAGGUGCAGGUUGAACACCAGUGUUCAAAAGUUUCCCUGCAUUGAUGCAACCACAUAGACGACCCACACAUAUAAUAUAACAUGGGUCGCUUGGUGAACAAACAUCAAUGAUGCAACUCUCUGACACCGGGAUUUAUCGCCGGUCAUCGGUUGUAGUGUAAACGGCUCUGUGCACAGAAACGCAGGCUGAACUCCGGCCUUUGGUGUAAAAGGGGUUUUAGUGGCGUGAGGAUUCAAAUACACGACCUGCCUUAAAGGCCAGCUCUGCCCAAACAGUCACCAGCUGUUUCCUGCUAAGGCUCUGCAAGGUGGGAGUGUAUGGCCCGGUUACAUAUAAACACGGGAUUCAAACCUACAACCUUUGUCUCCAGGCCGUCACAGUCCUACACUCUGAUGAACUUCUGUUUAUCUGCUAACUCAUGUAGCUCAGGGGAGACGUACUAUACUAUAAACACAGUGUUCUUUCACUUUGUGUAUUUGACCAGCAAUUAGACCCAGCCCACUCCCAUAGUCCCAGUCAAAGCCUCAAGCAAGAGUCGGUCAUCAUGAGCUGGUUCUGAAUUUUUUUAUUUAAAAUAACUAAAGGUAUGUUUUACAAAGCGUGCUCUUUAAUUCUGCUUAUUGAUUCACCCCACAAAAAAACAUACAGCUCCCAAAUCACAUAAUGCUAACUUAGGACAUCCAACUCAAGUAAAGACUUGUACAUGGCUAUAUAGAGAGUAUUUCUUUUUCUUUUAUAACUACACACAUUUACACACUUACAGUCAUCUUUCCUCAACCCCUCCCACUUGAGUCACUGUAACAUCACAGGACAUGUGCAUUAUUUUAGUUAUUAUAAUUAGUCUGUUUCUCUGCUUUUAUCACAUCUCCUUUACAAUAUCAAUUUUAUGUUCUCACUACCUACCAGGUUUUUAUUUGUUGUGUCUUACUCACAGAUGCACUAAACAAACAUAUAUUGCAAUACAUGUACUCUACUGUAAGUUUAAUAUUGUUUUAUAAGUUGUAUUUUUCUAUCUUCUCUUCUUAAUCUAAACACGUUUCUCCAGCUCGACUCUGUCGAGUUAGUAGCUUGUGUGAUUACAGGGUUUUCUUAUUGUGCAAUUAUUUUAUUGAGCUAAAGCGUAUAUAGUCAGCACCAUAGCUUGGCUCAUUCACCAGACUGACAGGAUCUGACUUACACACACACACCUGAAGAGUUCACGCGACAAAGGAAAUCAUAAGAAACAGUCGUGUGCACAGAUGUGAGGGCCGAGUGUAUGCACGUUUUACUUUCAGCGAUAAUUCCCGCCCUUAAUAAACCACAAGUGUUUUAGGAUUCUUAACCACAGAUCAAGCAUAUCUUUCCUGUUUUUCCAAACUUUGUCACGUGCAGACUAACGUCGAGUUGUGUAAUACAUCAUGUGUGUCACAUUGUCUGUGUGGUAAAGCUGUUUAAAAGUCUAGAUCAUUCUAAAGAUAUUGUAACACUGUAGGGCUGCAACUAAUGAUUACUUUCAUUAUAAAUGAAUCUGUCAGUUUCUAUGUUUGAUUAAUUGUAUUUUGAUAUAUUGUCUAUUUAAUGUGAGAAAAUAGCAAACAAUGUUUAUGUUGCCGUUGUUUCCGAGAGCCCAAAGUAGCAAUUUGAAAUCAGUCCAGAAGCCAAAGAGAAUCUUUCAAUGUAGAAGAAAGAAAGUCUGAACCGCAGCGACACGGUUUAAAGAAUGUGAGAUUCUGUAAUAAAGGGGCCAAAACUUGCAAAGCCACUGGUGUGCUACUGUAAGAUGACUUUAAGGGUGUAUGGGGGGGGGGUCUGUGAGGGGUUGCACUAGAGAGAAUCAAAAGGGCACUUUUGAUCCGUAGAAGGUUGUCUUGUUAUUCAGGCUUCCUGUUCUGAAAAUGUCGCUUCAGCUUCUAGAUGAAGGUCAUAUGGACCCUCUGUCACAAAGUAAAAUCACUCAUUCAGACUAUACACGUGUUCAUAGCAGCAGCCUGUGAAGACACGUGGAAGAGUGUUUUAUUCUCCACGUUUAGGACAGUUUGUCUUGUAAUUCCACGACACGGAGUGGCUGCCGAUAUCGGAAAGCUUUGAUACCGAAUAUGAGUUUGUGAGGUCAGAGUUUUUAUUUAGAAAGUGUCAUUUCCACCUAAAUGAUGUCUGUAACCUUCGACAGUAUCUGUGAAACACGUUCACUAUUUGUUCUCUUCUUUAAGUAUUUUUUCUUAAUUUCUCUCUUUUUGGAGUUAAUCGUCUCUGUGACCACUGAAGAGUAAGAAUUAUAGAGCUUUGUUCACAUAUACGUUGUGUAUUUAAAAAGACGAAACUGAUGUUGGAGAUAGUGUGUGUGUGUGUGUGUGUGUGUGUUCUGGUACUUUGUCCUGAUCUACCCCUGCAGAUGCAGAUGGAUCAGAUCCCUCUCGUGCCGUUUCUUCUGAAUUUUACCCUCAAAUAUUGUUUGUUGAAUCUGUCAGUUGCUGUUUUUGUUCUUGCUUUAAGAAAAUAACAGGAAAAAAGUUCAGAUUGAAGACGAAAAUCAGUUUUCCAGAUAUGUAGCAUUUUUAAAUAUUGUAAAGAGGGUGAAGUUGCUUCAUAAUUAAUCACGUAGUUUUAAAGUUGCAUAUAUAAAAGCAGUGGUGCUUCAUAUACCAUGUCUGUGUCAUUAUUAGAACUUGUAUUACAUCUCUUGGAUCCAGUAACACUAUAUGUUCUGUGUUAUGUCGUGCUGAAAUUCUCUUUAAAGUUCAUUGUGAUCCAUAUAAUGUACCUUAUGAUUGUCAAGUGCACAGUGUGUUCCCUUCGACCUGUAGAUGACCUCUGACCCUGGGGGCUCUUGUUGAACAUAAACCCUAAGUUGACAUUGUAUCUUAACACCUUAACUGUGUCUCUCAGCGCCAGUUAACAGCCAGCAGAUAUUAAGUGGAGAUAUAGUGGAAUACAAUGUCACGUUGGGAGGGUCUUCACAACAACCCCUCAGGCUGUGUAGCCUACUCUUAAUCAUUUAGAUCCAGAUAAAACAGCAGUAUACAAUACAAUAGAUUCAAGUAGAACACGAUUAGAACCCAUUGUAGAUCCCCUGGUGAUGACGAGUCAACAUUUGUGAACAGGUCACAGGUCAGAGGGGACGGGAGCGUCACAGGUCAGAGGGGACGGGAGCUUCAGAGGGGACGGGAGCGUCACAGGUCAGAGGGGACGGGAGCGUCAGAGGGGACGGGAGCGUCAGAGGUCAAAGGGGACGGGAGCGUCACAGGUCAGAGAGGACGGGAGCGUCACAGGUGAGGGGACAGGAGCGUCACAGGUCAGAGAGGACGGGAGCGUCACAGGUCAGAGAGGACGGGAGCGUCACAGGUCAGAGAGGACGGGAGCGUCACAGGUCAGAGGGGACGGGAGCGUCAGAAGGGACGGGAGCGUCACAGGUGAGAGGGGACGGGAGCGUCAGAAGGGACGGGAGCGUCACAGGUCAGAGGGAACGGCAGCGUCCCUGCUGAGAGUCCAUUGACAUCACUCAGCAGACCACUCUUCUCUUUUGAUAAAUAGUCGCUCAACGUGCGGAACAUAUUUUACAAACGGCGUCUUAUUUUUAUGAUUUUUGGUCAUUUGUCUUUUGAGUUACAACCACAUUAUUUGGUCCUUUUUAAAUGCUGAGACAACAUGCAUGAAUGGACAACAUGGUGGUUUAGCAAGACUAAAACCAAAGUACAGUUUCUAAACAGAAAGACUCAAGCUGUGCUUCUGCAGCAACGUUAGUGACUAAGUUAGUGUUCUCGUACUGCUUAGGCCUGGAAAAGAAUAUUAUCCUGAGAGGGGAUGUGGGCAGAGAAACGGUUAUGAAGGAGAUAUGAAAAGAAGUGAUGUGUAGUUGACACAUAGAGAGAGAGAUACAUCCUGCUCAGCCGGCCCACUGACGCACAUCUCAACUCCUCCAGUUGAUUUACAACUCAUCAGUUUCUGCUCUCACUCCCCCUCUCUUCACUUUCUAUAAGAAACUCAACAAACACAUUUUGUUUCCCUCCUGAUACGUCAGCAAAGACAAAAGCACAUUAUUAUUAUUAUUGCUCAAAUUGAAAGUUCUUCCUAUUUCAAUGUGAAAAACUUCCUAUGUCCUAUGUGCAGGAUUAUGUUUAGUCGGCUAUUUAAUGUGUUCUGUAUUCUGAUCGAUUAUAGAAAUCAAAGUCAGUUUGAUUGCGUUUCCAGAAAAGCACCUUAAAGCAUGUUUUCGUUGCAGAUUUACAGCGUAAUAUGAAACGGUUCUUUAACACUCAGCACUAAGAUCAUUUUUGGAGACCAAAGAGGUCGAAGGUUCUGCAACAUGCACAAAGAAAGGCACGUUUUAGCAACCGAUGAGAUUUGAACUAAAUUGGGUUAACGUAUGUGGAAAGAGUUGGAUAGAUAGAAGUCUAGGCAGAGAGGAAGCCCCGCUCCCGUUUCAAGCACCUCUGAGUCAUAAAGCUUCUUAGGACGUGUAGUUUCAUAUCCUAACACUGUUUUAUCUUUGCUAAAGUAAAGAAGAUAUUAGAUAUAUUCAUGCAUCUUAGGAUAUGGAUACUUAAUAACUGAAUAAAGAUAUCUCCUGAAUGCUAGUAGCAUAGAUGCUAACCCAAAAAAGGGCGGGGCUUCAGCUUUCUUUACACCCUCGAUGGCUUCUCACCAGUCCUAGUGCCCAACACACUGUGCUGCUUGAAGGGAACUUAAUUCACUCAUUCAUUGCACUUCCUCUUAAAGACAAUAUCAGCAUUUUGUCUCGUGUCUCAACAGGGUUUUUGUUUUUCUUCAUGGGAUCCAUGUUCAGAUACUUGUAAUCUGUUUUUAUCUUUGUCAUACAGUGCAGUUAUAUUAGCUGAUUCUGCAUUUAUUUUAUAUGUUAAAUACUUCAUAUGGACCUUAUUAUUAUUAUAUAUUGUUAUCAUUAUUACUAUAUGGGGAAUUUAACCCCAUAAGGAGUUUGUGUUUCUGCACUGAUAUCUUAUUAUUAAAGAAUACUUAUUGGCUUG